CAUUCUUAGUUCUUUUUAUUUUUGGGCAACAUCAAGUGAUUUCAUCAAAGGACAAAGAAGAAGAGUAGUAGAUUCCUCAAUUUGAAACUCAAAUAAGCCUCAAAAGCUAACAGACAACACAACAACAUUAGCUUUGCCACUUCAAACAUGCUCAAAAUGCUACAAAGAAUAAAGGUUGAGACCCCCUUUGGGGGGUCACCCCUUGACCCCCUUUAGUCCUGAUUGGUCAAUUUUUCCUUUUUUUUUUUUUUGGUUCACACCCAAUCCCCAAUCUCCAUGUGUAUGAGGGGAUUGUGGGGUAGGUGUUUUAAGGGGGUCUAAAUCAAUGCCCAUGCUACAAAUAAGACUCACCUUACACAUAAAUAUUGCCAUAUUGGUUGAAUUUGCAAAGUAGACAAAGAACAAGAAUGGGCAACAAUCCACAUCUUCUGAUUCUACCUUAUCCAGCACAAGGCCAUGUGAUUCCCCUCAUGGAGCUUGCUCAAUGCCUAGCCAAACAUGGAUUCAAAAUCACAUUUGUGAACACUGAAACUACUCACAAGCGCGUUGUGAAUGCCCUCGCAGAUGAUGAUGUUUUGGGGGAUCAUAUUCAUUUGGUUUCGAUUUCUGAUGGAUUGGAAACAUGGGAGAGGAAUGUGGCAGGGAAGUUGUCUGAGGCGAUCAUGACUGUCAUGCCCAGGAAAGUUGAGGAGCUAAUACGAGAGAUUAAUGGGUCGGAAGAAGAGGGUGAGAAGAUCAGUUGCAUUGUUGCUGAUCAGAGCCUCGGUUGGGCCAUGGAGGUUGGGAAGAAGGUGGGAAUCAAGCAAGCAGCGUUCUUGCCUGCUGCAGCCGCCUUGCUAGUCUUGGGAUUUAGCAUCCCGAAGCUGAUUGAUGACGGACUAAUUGAUCAAGAUGGAAUCCCAACAGAGAACCAGACGUUUCAGCUAUCUCCCUCCAUGCCAGUCAUGAACUCAACCAACCUCAUCUGGACCCGAAUGGGCAGCUCAACAAUGCAGAAAAUCAUAUUCCAAGUGAUGGAAAAAAACAACAAAGCAGUGAAAUCAGCAGACUGGCUCAUCUGCAACUCCACCCUCAACCUUGAGCCCGGCGCAUUCGCCUUGGCUCCACAAAUCCUACCCAUCGGCCCACUUCUGGCCCGCAAUCGCCUCGGGAACUCAGCUGGACACAUCUGGCCCGAAGACCCAACCUGCCUAAAGUGGCUCGAUCAACAACAACCAAACUCCGUAAUCUACGUUGCAUUUGGUAGCUUCGCAGUUUUCAACCCAACCCAAUUCGAAGAACUGGCGUUGGGGCUCGAAUUCACCCUCAGGCCGUUUCUGUGGGUGGUUCGAGCAGAAUCUGUUACGAAUGGAACCAAUUUUAAUUACCCAGAUGGGUUUUUAGAAAGAGUGGGGACCCGUAAGCGGGUGGUGGGGUGGGCCCCACAGCAGAAGGUGCUGAGUCACCCGUCCGUGGGGUGUUUUGUGAGUCAUUGCGGUUGGAACUCUGUCAUGGAAGGGGUGAGCAACGGAGUUCCUUUCUUGUGUUGGCCUUACUUUGCGGACCAAUUCAUUAACCAGAGUUACAUUUGUGAUGUUUGGAAGGUGGGGUUGGGGUUGGAGAGGGAUGAGAGUGGAAUUGUGAGAAAAGGAGAAAUUGAGAACAAGGUAGAUGAAGUGAUUGGAGAUGAUGGAUUUAGAGGAAGAGCUUUCGAGCUUAAGGAAUCCACGAUGAGAAAUGUUGGUGAAGGAGGAAGCUCUUACAAGAAUUUCAACAAUUUUGUUGAAUGGUUGAAGAAUUCAUAGAAAGUUGGUAACAA